AUGGUUACCCCAGUUUACAAUGUUGAGGGUGGAAUCUCACUCAGCCGAAAUCAAUUAGAUGCCGAGUUGAGCAAAAGGCAGGGCGGAAUUUCGCCGGGGUGGCGGUUGGUAUGGACCUGGAAACUCAACAAGCGUCGGCAAAAGCUGGUAAGGCCCGUCAUCGCAGAACUCUAUAUAGCUAUCCAAGGAGGCUGGUUUGGGGAGGUUGUCCGUUUGAGUUGGAUUCAAUCUCCAUUCCAUGUGUUGUCCGCUCAGGGACCUUACCUGAAGAUGUAG